AUGUAUUCAUUCAAACUGAACCUUGGCUAUAAGUUAGCUAUGUGAUUACUGAAGAAACUCUGCUUUGUGGCAUGGCUGGAAUUCUGUAGUCAAAUGUAUCACUUGCCAGACAAGUAUGUUCACUCAAAUAAACAAGAUAUAAACGGAACGAGCAAUGUAGUCAUUGAUUGGUUAUGUCUGUGCACAGAGUCAGCCUUGGGGAAGAGUGUUUUUAGUUUGACGGGAGCCUCUCUACUCCAAUCAGAUUUGUGGAUCACGCACUUGCUAACAACAAACAAAAGGUCUAUCGGCCGAAAUCAGACAGGAGCUUGAAAGCGACUUAAUUAUUUCAGUCACAUUAGCUAACGUUAUAUUAUUUUUUAAAAGCUGGCACACAUUCUUUAUCACGGCAUUGACUGUACUGAUAUAUUUUAGCUAGACUAUAGUUUGUAAAUCGCAACGUCGCCUUGCUCCCUAGCUAGCUAGGUAGCUAGCUUGCUAACUGUAUUUUAAUAGUUACAGAGCGAGCUAGCUAAAAACAAUCCGAUCGCCAUGUCCGGGCAGUCUUCGGGCUGUGGGUUUCUGAUGUCGGUUGUGGUUCAUGGGGACUCGACUCUGAACGAGCAGGAAAAAGAACUAAACCAACGACUCAGGCGGCUCUACCCGGCUGUAAACGAGCAGGAAACCCCGCUUCCCCGAUCUUGGAGCCCCAAGGACAAGUUCAGUUACAUCGGUCUCUCCCAGAAUAAUCUUCGAGUACAUUAUAAAGGUCACGGAAAAACGCCAAAAGAUGCUGCCUCUGUGCGAGCCACCCACCCCAUCCCUGCAGCCUGCGGGGUCUACUACUUUGAAGUCAAGAUCGUCAGCAAAGGGCGAGACGGGUAUAUGGGGAUCGGUCUUUCAGCUCAAGGUGUCAAUAUGAAUCGGCUCCCAGGUUGGGAUAAGCACUCGUAUGGUUACCAUGGAGACGAUGGCCACUCCUUCUGCUCCUCAGGCACUGGUCAGCCCUACGGCCCGACAUUCACCACAGGAGAUGUCAUCGGUUGCUGUGUCAACCUGAUUAACAACACCUGCUUCUAUACAAAGAAUGGUCACAGUUUAGGUAUUGCUUUUACAGAUUUACCGCCCAACCUAUAUCCCACGGUGGGUCUUCAGACGCCUGGCGAGGUGGUGGACGCCAACUUCGGCCAGCACCCGUUUGUCUUCGACAUCGAGGACUACAUGCACGAGUGGCGGACGAAGAUCCAGGCCCAGAUCGACAGAUUUCCCAUCGGGGAACGCGAGGGCGAGUGGCAAACUAUGAUCCAGAAAAUGGUAGCUUCUUACCUGGUUCACCACGGCUACUGUGCCACUGCAGAGGUGUUUGCCAAAUCAACGGACCAGGCGGUACAUGAGGAACUAGCCUCAAUCAAAAACAGACAAAAAAUUCAGAAGCUGGUCUUGGCUGGGAGAAUGGGGGAGGCCAUUGAGACAACACAACAGCUUUACCCGACUCUACUAGAAAAAAGUCCAGACCUCUUAUUCAUGUUAAAGGUGCGGCAGUUCAUAGAGAUGGUGAACGGCACAGACAGCGAGGUGCGGUGCCUGGGAGGGCGAAGCCCCAAGUCCCAGGACAGCUACCCCGGCAGCCCGCGGCCCUUCGGAAGCCCCGCCCUGAGCCCCAGCCACUGCACCAGCAUCCACAGCCUCUCCUCCUCCACCAAAGCCGGCGGCUCUCACUCCUACCUGCCAGGCUUUGACAGCAGCUGCAGUAAUGGAGUGUUGUCCAGCAAGCCUCACAGUCACAAGCAGUCACCCCCGAGCCUCUCCAAAACUGAGCUCAACAGCAUAAACUGCACCAGGAACCAGCAAGCCAACAGCUGCACUAGCAAUGACGUGGACAUGGAGAUGGAUCACUAUAGCAACGGUGUGACGGAAUCCUCAUCCAACGGCUUCGUGAAUGGAAGCUCCAAGCACGGUACGGAGCUGGAGGACUGCGAUGCGGAAAUGGAGGUGGACUCCUCUCAGCUGAGACGACAGCUGUGCGGGGGCAGCCAGGCGGCCAUCGAGAGGAUGAUCCACUUCGGCCGUGAACUGCAGAGCAUGAGCGAGCACCUUCGCCAGGAGUGCGGCAAGAACUCCGCCAACAAGAAGAUGCUGAAGGACGCAUUCAGUUUACUGGCAUACUCAGACCCCUGGAGCAGCCCGGUUGGGUACCAGCUUGACUCCAUACAGAGGGAACCGGUGUGUUCCACCCUCAACAGUGCAAUAUUAGAGACUCACAACCUGCCCAAGCAGCCCCCCCUGGCUUUGGCCCUGGGCCAGGCCACCCAGUCCCUGGCGAUCAUGGCCCGGUCAGGGAGCGGAUCCUGCGCCUUUGCCUCCGUGGAUGACUUCCUGCACUAGCUAUGCAAACUCUGGCCAGCGCACCGGACAUUUCCCACGCACGGAGACGGAACGGACCGCGGCUGAGGGAAUAGACAACCUCGUUUUUUAAUUAGCUACGUACUGGGGGACAGGCUCUGAUUGUCACUUAACUUCUGUUUCCUAGUUUACAAAGGCAUGAUGCAAACUAUUCUUGCCUUUAUUAUUAUUAUUAUUAUUAUUAUUAUUAUUAGCAGCCUAUCUUGCAUAUAAAAUCUAUUUGUUCCCAUUUUGAAAACUAGUGUGGUGCAUGCCACCGAUAAAUAAAGGCCCUGAAAAGUAUGCCACCGAAUAAGUCACAUGGCGUUCCAAGAAUCAUUAUUUUAUAGGACCACUCACAUUUACCACAAGAAUGGUAUAUGUGCCUGCGUGUGUGUUUCUGUGUGUGUGUGUGUGUGUGUGUGUGUGUGUAUAUAAAAUAUACAUUACAUAAAUAUAUAUUUAAAAAACUGACUUAUAUUGAAAAAAAAUACUGAGUUUUACCAAACGAAAACCAGAAAUAAGGUGAUAAGUUUGUAUGGACCCUUGGUGUAAGGUACUGAAUGCGGGUGACCCUGGUCAAUGGAUUUGAGUGACUGAAACGUAACUGAUGGUGAAGAUGAAAAUGGUAUAUGAUGUAUUGUGUGUCAUGUAUGAGACUUGCAUCCAAGAAAGAGAUGGUUCUGAUUCUUUAUAAACCUAGGGACGUUACCACCUUGUCUUCUUGAUACCUUUUUCUAAAAAUGUUUAUUCUUGUUGUAAAAACCUUUGCCUCAAAGGUCACCUGAAUGUUUUUCCUUGACAGUAUCAUUCGUGCACGAGACAAAGAACUUGUGCUCAUGCUCCUGCAUAUGUCUGUGUGGACACACAUUUAUAUCGCUGUGGCAACUUUCAGUUUUUUUGCAAGAACAUAUCAUCAGGAUUAAAUUGCAUUCACCUUAAGAGCUUAUGAGCAGUGGAACCACCUCUGUCAUGGAAUCAAGUCCAUAAUGGGUAAUGCACAGCAUAUCGACAUAAUUGUCGGAAUGAUGAAUAGUAGUUAUUUUAUUCCUACGUUUCCAUAAAUCCCCACACUUCUCAGACAGUACAAAGACCAGCAAAAAUAGAAAGGUUUAAAGUGACGUUGGUUUGACCAUUCUUCUUUAAGCAUAUUUGUGUCAAGCUAGUCCUGGAACCUUGCACAACUCAGGAGCCCGACGCCCUCCCUCCUCCGUGCUGCAGAUGUUAGGAGUAUUUUUAUUAUAUUUUUUUCUCUUCAUUUUCUCUUUUUGCUUUCCUAGCCUGACUCUGAAACUCACUAGACUUCCAUUGUACACAUUUGCCAUUGUAGAGAGGUAAAAACCAAACAGUAUUGUCAACACUGUGUGGUAAUUGCAUCUACAAUAAAGAAAUAAAUACGAA